AUGGAAGGGAAGAAAUGCAGUGUGUGGAUGUUUUUACCUCUUGUGUUUACCCUGUUUACAUCAGCUGGAUUAUGGAUAGUUUAUAUUGUAGGCAAAAUGGGAAAGAAAAUCUUAAAUCUUUGUUCCUAUGCAUUUCUGUCUCUUAGGAAACCUGGUUCCAAAAGACCGCCUUAUAUAAGUAUUGCAGGUGACGCACCUCCUGCAAGCUGCGUAUUUAGCCAAGUCAUGAACAUGGCGGCAUUUCUAGCGCUUGUUGUGGCCGUUCUGCGCUUCAUUCAGCUGAAGCCGAAGGUGCUAAACCCUUGGCUGAACGUCAGUGGCCUGGUGGCAUUAUGCUUGGCUUCUUUUGGGAUGACCCUACUCGGCAACUUUCAGCUUUCCAAUGAUGAAGAGAUCCACAAUGUGGGCACAUCACUGACCUUUGGCUUUGGGACCUUGGCAUGCUGGAUCCAGUCUGCCCUCACCCUCAAGAUCAACCUGAAGAAUGAGGGACGGAAAGUCGGGAUUCCACGAGUUGCCCUGUCAGCCGGCAUCACCCUCUGUGUGGUGCUCUAUUUCAUCCUCAUGGCACAGGGCAUCCACAUGCACGCUUCCAGGAUCCAGUGGGGCCUGGUGAUGUGCUUCCUGUGCUACUUUGGCACCUUUGCAGUGGAGUUCAGGCACUACAGAUUUGAGAUCGUUUGCUCUGAGUACCAGGAAAACUUUCUGAGCUUUUCUGAAAGCUUAUCAGAAGCCUCUGAGUAUCAGACCGAUCAGGUGUAGCCUGUCCUCUGGCAAAGGGGGAUGGGGGAAAGUGCAGUCUCAUGGAUUAAACAUGACCUCAUUUAUACUUUUUUGAUGAGUUUGUUUUCAUGUGCAAUCAUGAUCAUAUUGCCAAAGGGCUCUGAGGGUGGCUGUCUCAUUAAGAGUCAAACAGAAAUAGCUGUCUGCUGGAAGAGGACUGGAUCCUUCUCAGCAGCAGCAUUGAGAAAGCACAAGCUGUUUAGUUUGUGCUGCCAGUGACUCUUUCUGAGUGGCUCUGUCACACUCCUCUUGUUCAAAACAUUCAACAGCCAGUCCUCGUGAUGCCCCUCUGACACAGGCACUCCUCAGCCUGUUCUGCAGAGGAGGAGAUGAAUGAAACGGACUUCUCCAGGCCACCAAGAGUCUUCAGGA